GAAUAACACUAUUAUAACAACACUAUCACUAGGAUAAGACAGUGAAAUGUUUGUUCCAACUCAAAAUUAGGCCUCACUGGCACAAAACAAAACUAAAACUGAAGAUGAUGUAACAAGAGAAGAGAUGAUUACUAUAGGACUUGACUUGACCGGCUGAGAAAAUGUCUACCAUGAGCCUAGAAACCCAUUCUGUUAUUAUUUCUUUUGCAGCUCCCUGUAAAUAUCUUCACUACCGGCAACAUUUAUCUUGUUGCUUAUCCACCUAAUCGAGCUUUGCUGAAAAGAGUUCCAAGAAGACAAGUCUCACAAGGUGGCACCUACCCAAUCAGAUUGUCCGUAGCCGACAUGUCGGCACCAAUACGGUCCCAGAUCCCAAUUAACAAACACAUGCCCAAACACGGUUCUAAAUUCAGCUACAAGCAAAGAGCUAACAAGCGGCAGACACUGGGAUGACAAUGAGUCGGGUUAGUGCGGAUUAUAUCAAAUCUAAAUUUAAAUUCAUGAGUUUAUCCACACAAAUUCGGGGUAAAACUCAUUGGAUUUGGAAAACUUAAAUCGAACCCAACUCGUUGGAUAUCCACGGUUCAUGGAUACCCAUAGGUUCAUGUACAAAGAUGCAAUUACACUAGUUUUCACUACUAUUGUCUACUACAUGCACACUAACUCACAAAUCAUUCAUACUAAUUGUUUAAUAUUAAAGAUAAACAUCCAUAAAUAAUAUGAUUAAUUGAACGUGUGAGGAAUUAGUUUAAAAAUUAUAGUUAAUUAGUUAAGGGUUUCGUGGGUCGUGGGGAGUAUGAACUUGGGUGCGGGUAUUCACGGUUUGGAUAUGGCUAAACCCAAACCCAACCCACAAAAAUGUAUAGCGGGUUUAAACCCAAACACGGUCUGCAAUCUGUCAAAGCGGGGUUUACCCGCGUUGAUCGGGUUGGGUCGGGUAGGGUACCCAUGGAUUCGGGUUCUACUGCCAUCCCUAGCAAAUACAUGAGGCUUUAGGGUGUCCCGGGUCACUCCUAAAUUUUGGAAAACGAUUAUUCAACUCCCAGUAGUUUUGUAUGGAUAAAAAAAUCAUAAUUAGUAAUUUGGGACACCCCUAAAAUGAUUAUUCUAUCCUUCGUGCGUAUGAUUAAAAAAAAUAUAAGUGGAAGUUUGUGACUUUGUGUUAUUCAAACCUAGGACACUACUAUUUUUAAACAUUAUUCUCCAUUAGGUUGGAGCUCAUUUGUUGCAACCUAAUGGAGAGCAUAGUGGUUGUUCUAUUUUAAACACUACGUAAUAGUAAAAACUAAAAAUGCUAUUCCUUAUCCCCAACUAUUUCCAAAAUCUAACAAUUAAAUUAAUUACAGGCUACCCUCAAUUUGAAUUGCUUUUAUGGUUACACGGCAAGUGUUGAAAUCGAAUAUGCGAUUAGUUCAUGAAUUAUUGUCUAGUAUGAUAUACAGAUUUGCUGAGCAGUGUACCGAGUAUAUUUUAUAUUCUUUUUUUCUUCUUGAUAUGAAAACACAUUGUAACUUUUUGUUGAAAUUUAUACUAGUGAGAUAUAAUUUUUUAUUUAAUUUUUAAAGAGGAUACCUUUAUAAAAAAAAUUCUGGAUCCGGCCAGCUACCAUCGCUUAAUUUCAACCAUUGUAAGAGCUGAAAUUAUGCAAGUGUGAUUCGACAGUCGAGCAAUUCGACCGAAUUCAAGGUUGUAGACAAUUUUCAUGAGCCGACGCCGCGCCAUGUAAUAUAUCAUUCUGGUUCGAUGUCUGUGGCAGAUGGAUUAGAAAAGAACAAAGAGAGGCAGGUAAACUUAAACAAACGUGCUUGGAAAGUGACAGCAGACGUGUCUCACUCUCCCAGUCUCCACCUCCCCUUUGCUCUGCAUCUCAUAACUCGUUCCUCUGUCUCCACUUUGCACUCUGCCACUUCCCCCUUUUCCCUCGCCUGCAUAUUUAAGAGUGUCCCCUCCUUCGCUCAACCCCAACCAGCCGAAGCAGCCAUUGAUAGAACACAUCAACCAAAAAAGAUAGCCAGGCACUUCUCCAGUUCUCUGCCCGGCCCCUUUUCUUCUUUCCCCCGUGUGGCUCACGAGCUCGCCACCACCACUAAAAGCAAGCAUACCCAUCAAUAUUCCAACCAAGGCAAAGAAACCCAUCACAAGAAAAACAAAGACGGAGAGUGGGUUUCAGAUAAAAAGCGCCGAAAAGGGGUGGGAAGAAGGAAAGAAGAGACAUUUAUUAUGGACACAGGUUUCAGCACUGCUACUGCAGGGGCCACUCAGUCUCAUCAUCAUGGUCAUAAUCAUAAUCAUAACCAUGGGCAGGUGCUGGACGGUUCGGAUAUAAUGGAGUUGGUUGGGAACGAGAAAGUGUUUAGCAGCUUCGUCGAUCAUAAGUUCUCUGAACUUGACAGAGACAGAGACGGCCAACUCUCCGUCAAAGAGCUCCACCCUGCUGUCGCUGAUAUUGGCGCUGCACUUGGCUUGCCUGCUCAAGGCUCUUCCCCUGACUCGGAUCUCAUCUACUCCGAGGUUCUAAAUGAGUUCACCCAUGGAAAGCAAGAGAAAGUGAGCAAGACCGAGUUUAAAGAGGUUCUGUCAGAUAUUCUGAUAGGCAUGGCUGCAGGUUUGAAGAGAGACCCUGUGGUGAUACUCCGUAUCGAUGGAGAAGACCUGUUGGAGUUCAUCAAUGGACCAGGUUAUGAACCAGAGAUGAUUUCAAUCUUCUCAGAGUUGGAAUCACCUGAUGCUUGUUCACUCCAUGAUUGCAUAGUCAAAGUCUUCCAGAAACUUACAGUCGAUCAGGGGAUACCUCCCUGCUCAGAUUCUUGGGUGGUAAUCAACAUACUGGAGCCAUCAUUGCAAUCAAUUGCUGACCAAGAACAGGACAAACCCGUUGCUUCUCAGGAGGCAUUCUUAUCUGAAUUCAAGAAAGCAGCUGAAUGUGUGGCUCAACGUCUGAAAGAGCAGCCUGUCAUCGUUGCACACACUGAGAACACUUUUGAUGGAAGUGGGAUUAGGAGACUUCUAUCCAACAAGUUUGAACUAGACAAGAUGCUGAACUCAACGCUAGAAAAUGUGCCAAGGGAUAGGAAUGGGAAGAUAUCUAAAGAGCACUUGCGGAUGACACUUGAUUCAGUUUCUCCAUCAGCUGGUCUACCACCAAUUGGUGCAAUCGAAGAGAUGGAUCAGGUGCUGAACGAGGCAUUCAAGAUGGUGAAUGCUGACGACGGGAAGCAGCUGAAGGAGGAUGAGUUCAGGAAGGUGGUGGCUGAAAUGCUGGGAAGUAUGAUGUUGCAAUUGGAAGGGAAUCCAAUCUCAGUCUCUUCAAACUCUGUUGUCCAUGAACCCAUCGCCUCUGCCUCCACAGUUUUUCAGCCAGCUUCCUAGUUCUCCAUCAACAGUUUUAAACUGCGUAUCUGGAGUCUGAAAUAGUGAUACUAAUAAUAAAAUAUGAAGGGGAAAGAAGAGAAAAAAAAAAUUGAUAGAACCGCUGUUUCUGGUGUUACUCUGGAAUGGAUCAAUGACCAGACACAGAGAGUUCUUCACCACUUGCUGCUGUAAUGUGUCAUUUUGGUUGGUGUACUAAAACACCAAAAGCUUGUGCUACUCAUUCCAUGGAUGAAAUGUUUUCCUGUAAAGAUGGAGGCUUUGAAAGAUGGUUGUGUUCUGGUUAUGUAUUCCUUUCUUGCAUUUCUUUUCUUUAUGAAAUUUUUGUUAUCAUCUAUUGCUUAUUUCCGCAAAUGGUUUUUGCAAAAUGAGGAAUACCAAUUUACCACAUAUAUGCACAAACUUACCACUCCUGUAUUUCUCCCUAGUAAACGAAUCCAAAGAAUUCAAACCUAUAAAUUGAGACGGAAAAAAUCAAAGUGUCACAAUACCUUACCUUCAGAGCUUCCAAGUUCGACCCAAAAAUCCAGUUUCAAAAACCAACAUUUUCCACUAAACCCCUGAAGCACCAAUCCAUCGAUGGAUAUGGCUACAAUUACCAAUUAUCUUUUCGCUAAUCUUAUUAUCGUCCUGAAUUUUUGUAAUGAUCGGGAAAAUUUAGGAUUAAACACGAUUGAAUUAG